AUGGCGGCAUCACGGUCACUGCUGCAGUACACCUGCAGCAUCUUGCUCUUCUUCGCCUGCUGCUCCGAGGCGCUCAAGUUCGAGCUGCCCGCGGGGGCCAACCGGGAACGGUGCAUAAGGAACUUCGUCGCGAGGGAUACCCUGGUCGUCGUCACGGCCACUGUUGAUGGGCACAAGGGCGAUGGCAUGGUCGUCAACAUGAACAUCAGGGACGCCGUUGGCAAUAACUACGGCCGCGCCAAGGACAUUGUCGGCGAGCAGAGGACCGUCUUCACGUCGCAUGCCGAUGCUGCAUUCGACGUCUGCUUUGAGAACAACCUGUCUGGUGGUACGUUUGGCAGUCCCUCCCCUCUCUAUUCUCUUUUCACACGGGCAUCUCCCCCACUGACUCCCCGUCUUCGUUCUUUAGGCAAAUACCUUGAUAAGGCCUACCGCAAUCUCGAGCUGGACAUUGACAUUGGCGCCGAUGCCAAGGACUGGUCGGCCAUCCAGGCCACGGAGAAGCUCAAGCCCGUCGAGACGGAGCUGCGCCGGAUCGAGGAGGCUGUGCACGAGAUGGUCAACGAGAUGGACUACCUGCGCUCGCGCGAGCAGAAGCUCCGCGACACCAACGAGAGCACAAACACCCGCGUCAAGUGGUUCGGCUUCGGCACCACCUUCCUCCUCAUCGGCCUCUGGGCCUGGCAGAUCAUGUACCUGAGGGCCUACUUCAGGUGUGUAGCAGCGGCGUCGAGCAUGCGCCGUGUUCUCUCAAGACGAUCAUCCGCUAACAUUCCUUCUCUCCUCUCUUCUAGGUCCAAGCACCUUAUUUAG